CUGGGAUCUCUGCGUAUAGUGAACGUUGGAAGCUAACAAAGCACGCUGAUUCUAAGAGACGCUUUUGCCUGAAAACAUGAGUCUCCGGAAACAGACACCGAGUGAUUUCUUGAAGCAGAUCAUCGGUAGGCCUGUGGUGGUCAAACUGAACUCCGGCGUCGAUUACAGAGGAGUCCUAGCCUGUCUGGAUGGGUACAUGAACAUCGCUGUGGAGCAGACAGAGGAGUACGUGAAUGGACAACUCAAGAACAAGUAUGGCGACGCGUUCCUGAGAGGAAAUAACGUGUUAUACAUCAGCACCCAGAAGAGGAAGAUGUGAAGACAAUUUUUUCCCUUUUUUUUUUGUUUUGUUUUGUUGUUUUGUUUUGUUAUAGCAAGGAUUCAUUUGAGUUUACCAGUUUUUUUUUUUUUCUGUUGUGCGAAUAUUUUAGUUUGUCCUGGGUGACGUUUUGUAAGUCGAAGAUUGGUAUGUUUUGCACACGCUGGCUUGAAAUAAAUAAUUUGUUUUUCGGA